GGUUAUGUUAGCGCUUUUCUUUAAUAAUCUUAUUAAAAUCUUUUCGCAAGGUAUUUAGCUUUAAAAAUUAUGGUUUUUUAAUGAAGUUAUUAUGUUUCUAAUCGAAAAUUUACAUUUGAAAUACAAAUAUUGUAUUGAAAUAAUUUGUAAUAAUCAUCUUAUGACAAUCAUUUCUUCAUAAAUUAUUUGUUAGGACAUUUAUUUAAAAAAAAAACAGUUAGAAGAUGGAAGAAGAACGAGGAAAUGUAGAAGUUUCAACAAAGAUUACUGAGCCAUUACUAAAUGUACCAAACCCAAGAGCCCUUCAACAAACUGUUCCUUCUGUACCUGGUCAAUCAAAAUAUAUACAGUUACUUAAUAUUAUAGAAGAACUUGGUCAUGAAGUUCGACCUACCUAUGCUGGCAGUCGUACUUCUAUUGAAAAAAUUAAGCGUGGUAUUGUACAUGCACGUAUUUUAGUUAAAGAAUGUUUACUUGAAACAGAAAAAAGUGCUCGUCAAUAAGACAGAAAUUCUAUAUAUAAUAUAACUGACCAAAUUUUGUAGAGGUAUUUAAUUAUAACAUAAAAAGACUUAUAUUUUUUGCUGCAAAUAGUAUUGCAUUUAUAUAUUA